CRAAAUGAAUUAGGUAUCCAAGAACAAUGCAAUUUUAGUGAUAUUACUGAGCAAGAACUUGAUGUGUUUGUCAAAUCUAUUAUGGACAUCUCUCCUAAUUCUGGAGAAGUAAUGAUGCGARGUGCACUUCGUGGACGAGGAAUCAUAGUACAGAGGUGGAGGCUGAGAGAGUCAAUGCUUAGAGUGGACCCACUACGAAAGCAGCAGAKACAGCGGUUGCACAUUAGAAGAAGAGUGUACAGUGUCRCUGGACCAAACAGUUUAUGGCAUUUGGAUGGACAUCACAAGCUUGUGAGAUGGAGAUUAGUCAUACAUGGUGCAAUAGAUGGUUUUUCAAGGACAAUUGUAUUCCUGAAGUGCAGCAACAAUAAUGAAGCAGGAACGGUAUUAGAUCUUUUUACACAUGCAAUUCAUAAGUUCAAUGUCCCAUAUCGAGUAAGAUGUGACCAUGGAACAGAGAACAUAUAUGUAGCAAGGUGGAUGUUGACAAGAUAUGGAGAUACACAUCACCCUGUAAUAACUGGACUGUCAGUGCACAAUCAAAGAAUUGAACGUCUGUGGCGUGAUGUUGGUGACUCUUUUGGAAGAUACUAYAAGAGCUUAUUCUAUUUUAUGGAGGAACAGUUUAUACUUGAUCCUCUAAAUGAAAUUCACCUUUAUGCAUUGCAUUACAUAUUCAUACCAAGGAUCAGUCGGUCUCUUGAAGAGUUUGUAUUGCAAUGGAAUAAUCAUCCAAUCAGAACUGCAGACUACAAAUCACCUGUUCAAAUAUGGACUGAGGGUUUUUAUCAAGGAGUAAAUUCAAAUCAGCCAUCUAUUAGAAGAGUUUUGGAUGAUGAGAUUAUUGACCCUCUCAACUAUGGCACUGAUGAUAAUGAGCCACAACCAGAACUUCAGRCAGAAAAUCACGUGGUAAUUCCUCGUUCAACAGUAUGCUUAAAUGAUCAAGACAGAAUAGUACUAGAGUUAACUGUGAACCCUCUCCAUGAUGAUGGAAAUCAUGGGAUACAUUUAUUUCUUCAAACUGUGCAUCUUAUUACAAACUUCACAGAUACUCCUUAAUGGAAGGUACUGUAUUAUUAUAGUAAUAAAGCAAAAUAUAAGAAGGGAAUUAUUUGAUGGACUAUGAGUUAUUAACUCACAUCCAUAUAUAGAUCCUAUUUUGGCAGAAUCAAAAUCAACAGAAACAACAUGAACAACAACAUAUUGGCCUUACUUUACAAAGACCAAGUGUUAAAUUGGGCCUAUUGUAAACAAUAAUAUCAGUAUGUGAACUCUAACUCUGUAAAUACCCAAAUAAGAAGAGCUACCAACAAACAAGGGCAACAACCAUAAAAAUGCUCGGACUUAUUUUGUCAAGAACACUCCUAACUGUGAUGUACAUUAAUAUGUACUAAAUACAAAUUAGAUGCUACCAAAACCAAAACACUCUUUGAGCAUGGAGAUCCCAGCCUCGGUCAUGUCUUCAUAUGAUUGGAGGUGUGUUGGAAGUCUCAGGUGCAGGCUACAUGUUGAUGCUGUUGGGCGGCACUGACAUCCUGGUGUACAAUCACCGAUGAAACUGACUGACAUCUUCUUAGAAAAACCAAGGGGAGGUACUUGACUGCAUCCAGUAAUAAAUUUCAGAACAUCUGUCAAGGAAACCUCAUACUUUGACAUGCCUGUUGGGUGCAAUAAACAAUAUUGAAAAUAAAGCCAAGUUAUAAGUUUUUUAAUAGGUAGUUGUAUUUAAGUCUCACUAUGCUAAAAUAUAGAAUACAUCAUAGAGACAGAAAAUAACCCUCAAAAACUCAUUACUGUUCAUAUUAUUAAGGUGCACUGCCAAACAGGUACAUCCAUUGAUAAAUAAAAUUAUA